UUUUUUUUAUUUUAUUGUUUUGCGCUUUUUUCUAAAUGCUUGAUUAAAAUCAUUUUCGUUCUUCAGUUUAAGAAAUUUAUUGUAUAAUAUUUUGAUUAUAUUAACCAAAUUGAGCAAAUAAAAUUACAGCAAAUGAUGCAUUUUUUAUGUUUCCAUAUAUGAAAGAGCAGAACUUAGAAAUUCAAUAGCAAUAUACACGACAUCAGCUGCAAUACAUUAAGCAGUGUCUACAGUAUGUAGUAUAUAUAGAGACAGUUAAAUGUAUAAUAUGUUUAUAGAGAUCUGUAAUUUCUUUCUUUUAAAAAUCAAAGUAUAAUGUUAAAUGUAUAAUAUGUUUAUAGAGAUCUGUAAUUUCUUUCUUUUAAAAAUCAAAGCUUAUCAGAUUGUGAUCUAAAUCAAAAUUUUCUUUCCAGUUGAACUAACUCCAGAUUUACGAUUAAACUGGUUAGAUGAUAUUCCCUAUUUCCACUUUGGGCGAAAAACCUAUGUUUGCCAUCAAGGAAAAGAUCUGAAUAAACGUCAAAAGGAAAAUUAUGCUAAAGAAAAAAAUGAAAAGUGUCAAACUGAUCAUGCUUUUGGUAAAGCAUAUUCCAAGAACCAGACAACUAAAAAAGUUAAUUGUCCAGCUGUAAUUAAUGUUACCCGAAUGUACAGGAUGCCUCAGUUCAAGGUAGAAGUUUAUUUAACUUUUUGUUCUAAGAUGGUCUUAGUAAUUUUAGAGAAUUUUUUUUUAAGGAAAAAAUAUAAUUCUGUCACGUAUGAGCAAGAUGUAUUGAAGGUAUUCUAUGAUAAAGUAUACAUACUUUUUGACAUAAAAACAAAAGGUAUUUUUAGAGUCACAAUGUAAAAAAGAGAAAUGAUUUUUUGUGUCUCUUUAUUCAACAUAUUUUUCUAAAUAGUUUUUUUUUUUUUUUUUUUUUUUUGGCCAAAAGAGGGUUUUUAACAGUAAUAUUUUCCUAAAUAAAUAAUUCAGUAAUUGACAUGCAAAUAAAAUGAUGUUUUCAGGCCAGAAAUAAAGGCUUUUUAUGCUAAUUAUAUUCUAACCAAUUUGCUACAAAUAGAAAUAAGUUGUUCAAAGUGAAGUUUUAUUGGUUAUGUUUCUUUGAAGAAGUAAUUUGAUCUAUUGUUAUAAAAAUGGAAGAUCCUUUUUACAGCUUUUUUUAAAGGAAAGAAAUGAGAAAUGACUCCUCUUUUUUUUUUUUUUUUUUUUUUUUUUUUUGAAUAAUUUGCUAUGAACAGAAAGUUUUUAAAAUUGAACCUUUAUCAAUAAUUAGUUUUAGAUGACUGUGCUGGAAUUUCUAAAUUUUACUGUGAUAAAUAUGUUUAAAUUACAGGUAGUGCCAACCCGAAAAAGAAAGAUUAUGAUAUCUCGGAAAAUUAAGGAAAAACUAGCCAAUAAAGAUAGUAUUGCUGGUGAAGAAGUUUUCAUGUUUAAUUUACCUAAUAGCCAAGAUCAUCAAAAUCAUCUAAUGGGUAACAUGGCUGCAGUAAUAGAACCUAUAGAUGCUAGAGUGCGGCAUUUCAUAGCUUCUAAAGUUAAGAAUGGAAAAUGCAAUGCCACUGUAAUUGCAGAGCUAUUAGAAGUAUACGUUUCAACUGAAUUGGGAGAAACUGAUAAAACGCGCAGACGAUUUUAUCCAGAAAUGGAGGCAAUAAGGAAAAUAAUAAGCCAAGCAAAAUCCGAUAUUAGAACUAGUAAAAUUGACCAGGAAAAUACAGAAAUGUUAAUAAAUAGCUGGGAUACUUCCAAGUGUUCUGUUUUUUUUAGACCAUGUACUGAAAAUACAUAUGAUGGUACUGAGCCAAAUGACUUUACAGAUUCAAAACUAAAUCUGCUAUUUGUAUAUCAAAGUGAAGAAAUGAAAAAUUUAUAUGUCUUAUAUGGUUCUAAUCUUGUUCUUCUCGACGCGACCUAUCGAACCUGUAAGUAUGCUCUCCCACUUUAUUUUUUAGUUGUCAAAACAAAUGUGAACUAUCAAAUAGUGAGCAUAAUAAUUACACAAAAUGAAACAGCCAAAGCAUUAGAAGAAGCUCUUAUAAUUAUUAAAAAUUGGUCGCCUCUCGUUAGACCAAAAUAUGGGAUGGUUGAUUUUGCAAUGGAAGAAAUUACAAGUUUGGAAAAUGUCUUUACAGGAAUUAAGGUUUUUAUAUGUAGUUUCCAUCGAGAGCAGGCAUGGUCAAGAUGGGCUUCUAAGAAAAAGAAUGCAGUGGUUCCCAAAGAAGAGCUUUUGUGUAAAUUACGUGCCAUAGCAAAUGCUCCAACUCAAGAUGAAAUGGUUGCAGCAAUAGAGGUAUUAAAAUCAUGGAACCAAUAUGAAGCUGUGAAAGAUUAUUUUGAAUUAACAUGGUUCAAGGAAAUUGAGAGAUGGGCUUUGGCUUACAAACCAAAUGACUUAUUCAUAAACUCGAACAAUGGUGUUGAACGCUUAAAUGAGGAACUAAAAUAUAGAUAUCUUCAGGGAUAUAAAAACUGUAUGCUGUCUGAAAUAAUUAAGAUCUUGGUUGAGAAAUUUCUGCCAGAAAGAUAUAGAAUUUACGUCAGAAAAAAUCUGAGUAUGCUUUCGCAGGCCAGAUUAUACAAUGAACAUGUACCAAAUUAUUUAAUCAAUAAGCCAAAAUGGUUAAUUGAUCACAUAAAAACAAAAUUAAGAGCUGCUGAAGUUUAUGUGGGUAGUAUAAAAAAAAAUUUCACAUGGCUUCUUUAAAGUUUCUUCUGAAACUAAGCAUGAUGCAGUUUAUUCUGUCACGUUUGAUGAACAGAAACAACUGUGUCAAUGCACAUGCUUAGAUUUCAGAAGAAACCGACUGCUGUGCAAGCAUAUUGUGUUUGCUGGCAUGAAGUUUCCAGCCUGGAGUUUGGAAUGUACUGCAGAAUGGCUAUUUUCAACACCUAUUUUCAAAGUUGAUGAAGAUUUAGUCUCAAGAAGUAUUUCAGGCACCAGAAAACGAAAAUAUUCAUCAACUGAAACUCCUUCAGGUGGAACAUCAGAUAAUUUACCCACCAUAUCUGAAGAAGCAACGUUGAGUAAAAAAAGAAAUUUGAUCAAUGAGUGCGAUGCAAAUUACAGAUCAAUUCGGUCACUCCUUUGGAAUUUAGAUAGCGAAAAUUUACACAAUGCAGCCAACUCUUUGAAGGAGAUUUUCGAGUCUGCUUCAAAAACAGUUAUGCUAAAUGAAAAUACUGGUCUACCGCUUCAAAUUGAAAAAAAAAAUAAAAGAAUUGUCAAGAAGUAUGGUCAACUAAACCUCCAUCGCCGUAGAAAUACCAGAGUUGGAAUAAAGGUGGAUAUACAUAAAGAAACCAUUUCAGUAGAUGGCCAGUAAUUAAAAUUAGUAUAAAACCUAAAGCAGGCUACAAAGAGCCUUUGGCAAAGGUGACACCCCCACCUAUGAGUGGAUAAUAGAGUAAUCUCGGGGACCUGCAUGCCAUGGAUACACUAAUACUUAUUUUCAAAUAAAAUAAUAAAUUUCAUACUUUUAGGAUAAUCUUAAAUACUGAAUAUUAUCAUACUUGAAAUACUUUAGUAUGUGCAUUUAUUUUCGGAUUCUUCAGAAUUUAUAGUGAAAAAACUGCUACAACUAUAUACUAUCAAAUACCAGAUUUCAGACAAUUAAAAUUGACGAUAAUUCAAAGUAUAACAUAUAAGUUUUGUACAAUUCAAUAAACAUAAUACAUGUUAUUA